GUGAACUCGAGCGUGUGGUAGAGGUGUAGUGCAGCAGCAGCAGCAAUAGCAGCAACAGCAGCAGCUCGUCUCGCGAAUCAACAUCGUCUCUACUAGCGCUCGUUCCUCGAGGAAAGAUAAAAGCGUGGCAGUAUGGCAUCCUGGAGAACAUACACGGAGGAAGCGCGGAUCUAACAACGAAGAAAGACGCGAUGCCGAUCGUAGCCGGUUCGCGAUGACCUCUACAUUUCCGUUCGACUCGUACGUGACUGAGUCCCUCGAUCAGCCGUGAUUCGACGAAACGCGCGCGUCGCGACGCGGUGCUUUUCCGAGUGUGAUCGUGGCGACAGCUGGGACCGAAGAGGAAUCGCGGCUUGAACCACGAGGGCUAACCAUGGCUACUCUGGCGGGCAGCUCGUCGUCGGGCCUCACCAGGCCACCGACAAUGCUGGAGCAGCUUCUCGAGGAGAUCAACUUCCAGAGGACCAAGGAGCUCAGGCAGAUGCUCAAAGAUGACUCGGGUUUCGUGAUACUUCAAGGUACAACCUACUGGACGGACCUGUUUGUCAGGCACUUCCUCUUCCAGGCGGAGCAUACGAUCGACGGCGACGAUCUCCUUUUCUUCGUGCGCAAAAAACACGUGAAAACAUCGUCGAGAUACUUACCAAAGUUCGAAACGGAGGUGGACGUGUUCCGGAAAGACAGCAAAAAGUUACCAAUCGGCGAUCCCGACAUCGAUUGGGAAGAAACCGUGUACCUGAACCUAGUCGUGCACCAGUUCGACUACACGCUAACGUUAGCGAUUUGCACAAGGACGAGUCCCAAGGAAUUGCAAGUAUUACGAAGACACUCGCAAAAGGUUUACGCAAGCCCGAGUCGGCGGCGAAUGGACGCGAAAGGAGAUCUCGAAGAGAUGACGUACCCGCAUAUAUGUUUCAUGGUGGACAAUUUCGACGAAGUUUUCUGUGAUAUUCUAGUCAGGGAUGGGGAGAUGGUAUGCGUGGAAUUGGUUGCGUCCGACAGAGAGGGCGCCAUUCAAGGUGUCAUUUUUCUCGGGUCUAUCAGAUACGACGCUUUGAAGAAAGUAUAUGACGCAAGAUCCAGUCUCAGUACCAAAAUGGCGCAGCGUAUGACCUUUGGCUUGUUUUCUGGCGCGGCUUCCCAACGAAUAGAAUUCGUUCGAAUGAAGGGACCUCGUGGCAAGGGGCACGCGGAAAUGGCUGUGACGAAGCCAAAGGGUUCAGGAGCGGAGACACCAACUUCGGAACCUGGCUACUGUGCCACGGAUUCCCUCUGGGACGCUGAUUGGGACGACGCCGAGGAAUUAUUUAUGUAUCGACAUCAACGAAGGCUAUCCGACCCAAGCGCCAAUUUGAAUAAUUUCGUCCGGGGUGGUUGGAGAACGAAACCAGACACAGCUGCAACGAAAGCCAGGUCAGAGAACGAGGGUCUGGACUCAAUGGCCAAUGGACUGAACGAAAUCGAAGCUGGAGACGUUCGAGACGCCGACCUACAGGAUAGCAGCUGGGGCGGCCGGGGCUCACCAGGAAAUCACAGGAGUCCUCAAGUCAGGCGACGAAGAUCCCCUUUCCUUUCUGGCAGGCAACAACGUCCCAAGCAAAAGCAACGUAACUCGUGGGAACGUACCGAAAAUGAGAACUCGUCGAAUCACAAGGAGGCCUAUCACGAAACACACGGCCUCCGCAACCACCAACACAACCAUAUCGAAGUGGGUAGCGAGAUACUCGUGCCAGCGGCAGCUUGUUUGACUGACGACAACGUGAGACAGAAGCUGGACGCGGGCGCGAUUCUGGUGCAUGGCAAGGAGGAACUACCGUACGAGGAGGACAAUAACCGCAAACGAAGGCCAUACAGCACCGGUCAGAUUAAUCACGAGCGGAUCAACAACUUGGAGAACGACGAGGAGCAUCGACGACUCAGCGACGACGAAGUGGUCAGGGUACGUCGGACCGAUGGUCGCCGGCGUCUUCGUUCGGCUGGCUCGGAUCACGAAGAAUACUACACCGGCCGGAACAAGAACAAAAACGACGAGCAGAUGAGAGAUAAAAACGCGAACGCCCGUAUUACAAGAGGCAACCUGACCACGCACAGACAGAGCGCCACUCUGCCUAGAAGGAGGCGAAGACGAGCAUUGUCCGGCAGCUUCGCAGGCAACCCUCUUCCGCCGCAUCGAGUCACACCAGACGGCACAGCUAUCUACUAUUGGUGCGAGCUCCCGCGCCGCCCCGGCUCACAGGAGUUGGACGACGGCGCUUACAACCCUCUGUGGACGAUGCGAGGAUUCACACAGACCUUCCAUUUCUGGAAAGAGACCAGACGGGCCCAAUCCGUUCCCUUGAACGCGUUUCUUACUUAUAUUACCCUGCCAUGGUGGAGCAUUGCCAAAGAUAUUCUUGAUCAUCGAGAAGGACCUAUUCUGACGUUCUAGCCAACACGAGGACGUCCCAUUUUCAUUUCGAACAAAUUUCCUUUUCCCAUUUCGCUCCCCACUUUAUACACACUUGGAUAGAACUGUGGCCCGACAAGAUCGAAGUGUAUAGAUUAAGGAAUAAACGAGAUACUAUUUAUAA